AUGUCUCAAAAUGAAAGAGGAAUGACUCUGACUCAAAUUACUCAGAUGAUAGAGGAAAAGGUAACAGAAAUUUAAGCCAAUCCUGAGUAAAGAAUUUCUGAGUUACCAUAAUUAAUUGAAUUACUCAAACAUGAUAAUGUGUUCAUUGUUCAGAUGACAAUCAUGGCUUUGACAGAUUUAUUUAUUGAUAUUGCUCCAUUAUAUAAAAUUGAUUAACAAGCACAUGAGUUUAAAAUCACAAAAUUUAUCAAAAAAGAAGAAAAGCAAGUACUCAAUUUUGAAUUGAGUUUAAUUAAGAACUAUUACUAAUUUAUUAAAGCUUAAUUUACUUUUGUUAAAUUGAUAACUUAAGGUCCUCUUGUAGAAACUUGUUAUUAAAGGUAAAUGUUAUAUUUAUAUUUUAGUUUAUGCAAAUUAUUGAAUUCAUUAUUUCAUUUUAAUUACAAUAGAGAAUUAAUUUAGUAUGUUACAUAUGGUUUAUUGACUUGUAAUGAAAUAUGCUAUCAUUCUCUUUCUAAUAUCUUAAGUAAUAAGAAACAUUCAUUACAUGAGUCUAAAUUAUAAAUUUUAACUUAAAUAUAGAAGCUUUAUUAGACUAAACAUGAAGAUCAAUUACCAGAUAAUUUUGUCGAUCUAGUGAAUUAAAUUUAAAUAGACACUAAAUUUUUACCUUAAGAAUUAGAAAAGUAAGAAAAAGAAAAGAAGAGAGCAGUAAAACAAAAGAAAAGAGAAUAUUUUAGUUAGAAGGAGAAAGAUAAAAAGAAAUAAAAAUUGACUAAAGAGGAAAUGGCUAAAUAGAAGAAAUUAUUGAAAGAAGUUUAGGAUGAAUUAUAAGAAGCAUAAGGAGAUUUGGAUAAAAAGACUUUGGCAAAAAAUGUAAUAAUUAAUUUAAAUUAUUAUUUAAGAAUGGGGAAAUACUUUCAAAAAUUUUUUAUAUCUAUUUUAAGGUAUUAAAAUUACCUCGAGUAUCGAAAUAUUAUGAAUCUGCACUAAAUGGUAUAUUGUAAUAUGUCCAUCUUAUAAAUAUUGAAUUGAUAUAAGGAAUUUUUGAAUGUUUAUUAUAAUCAACGAAUAUACUAAGGUAAAAGAAGGAUAAUUUGUUGAAAUAUAUAAAUUUAAGAUUGAAAACAAUUUUAGCAUUAUAAUCAAUAAUGGAUGGUCCAGCAUCAGUAUUUGGUAUAGAUGAUAAAGAAACAAUGUAAAGAUUUUAUGUUUGUUUAUUGGACAUUUGUUUAAAUUCUAAAAUAAAGAUUACUGAAGAAGAAGAGAGUUUAAUAAUAAGAAUAUUAGAUAGUGGAUUCAUAAAGAAAAGGCAUUUUUCUCAGGAGGUAACAGGAUCAUUUGUAAAAAUUAUUAUUUAAGUGGCUAAAAAUUCUGAGAAUAUAAAAUUCGUAUAUGCAAUAUGUUAUUGUGUAAAAUUGUUGAUAUAGAAAUACUAGAAAACAUAAAAAAUGUUGGAAGAAGACAAUGAAGGUUUUGGGAUGAAUUCUUAUAAUGUAAAAUGUGAUGAUCCCUCAUGCACAAAUGCUUUAAAUUCAUCUAUAUUUGAAGAAGUGAAGGAGAUAAAGAAUGUACAUAUAUUAAUAUAAGAUUAGAAAUUCAGCAAUUAACAGAAGAUGUAAUCUAUAUUAAUAAAACUACUAAAAAAUGAGCCAGUGCCUUAACAUAUGCUGAAUAAAAGUGUUUAUGAUGUAUAUAGAUAAUGA